AUCCAGGUAGAUGUUGCUAAGAUACAGUAUGUAAAGCUUCAUUUGAGCAACUGAACCUGGAUCUUUAUUAUUUUGUUUGCUGUUUGCAUUGAUCGCUGAACACUACUCUUACUGGUUCUGAGAGGUCCUUUUGAAUGACUCUUCUUAAUGAAACAGAGAGAGAGAAUGACAUCAUGCCUGCUACAGACGGUUCAUCAGAAUCUGGUCAAGAGGCGAUAGAUGCAAUGGUAGAUAGCCUGGAUAUGCUGGGAAACUCUACUCAUGCACAGAGUGUUGAUUUACUCUUCCUUAAAGAAGUCAUGAAAAGCAGACUUAUGAAGAAUCUUAUCAAGGCUCAUGAUACUCUUGAAGACACAGAACUCAAGCCACAUAGAAUGGAUAGUCUAGGCCUAGCAGCGGAUAUCAUGGCGGAGUUAACUCAAAUCAUUGGUUGUGAUAAUGGUGCUGCUGAGCUAGCUGGUAUACUACAAGAUCUUAACUUUAUUUCGUUACUGAGAACACAUGAUGACAUAGCAACAGGGAAUCUGGGUUCAUCUGAGUUUGAAGACCACACCCAAGAUUACUACACCCCUGACUUCAACCCAACAGGGGAUGCCAUCCGCAUGGUAGGCAUCAGGAAGUCUAGGGAUGAACCACUGGGUGUUACAUUUAAGGUAGAGGAUGGAGAGAUAGUAGUAGCUAGAAUAUUACAUGGAAGCAUCAUUGAUAAACAAGGUUUAUUACAUGUAGGUGAUAUCAUUCAAGAGGUGAAUGAUCAAGAUGUAAGCAACGACCCAGACCUAUUGAGGAAACAUAUCAAGAAAGCAGAAGGGAGAGUCACAUUGAAGAUUCGUCCAAGCUAUCAAGACUGUAUUAUGUUACCUCCAAUUUAUGUGCGUGCAUUCUUUGACUACGAUCCUUCCCAAGACACCUUGUUGCCAUGUCAGGAGGUUGGCUUGCCAUUCAGGAGAGGAGAUAUCCUGUGUGUGGUGGAGAGAGAUGAUAUGGAAUGGUGGCAGGCCUAUGUAGUAGGAGAGGAAGGACAGUCAGGUCUUAUACCAAGCCAAGAUCUAGAGGAAAGAAGGAGAGCGUUUGUACCUCAUGAAAACAUCUAUACAAGUGAAUUUAUUGCCUGUGGAUUGGUGAAAUCAAAGAAGAAGAAACGUGAGAAGUACGAGACGAGAAAGAAUCAUCAGUUUGACCGAUCGGACAUCGUGAUCUAUGAAGAGGUUCAAGAGAUGCCACCGUUUCAGAGGAAGACCAUCGUUCUUCUUGGUGCUCAAGGGGUUGGUAGAAGGACGCUCAAGAACAGACUCAUAGAACAUGAUUCAUCCAAGUUUGAUGUACCUAUUGCACACACAACAAGGCUUCCAAGAGAGGGAGAGAAGAGCGGUGUUGAGUAUCACUUCGUCCUUCGCAGUGAUAUGGAGCAAGACAUCCUUAACCAUAACUUCUUAGAGUACGGGGACUUUGCUAACAACCUCUAUGGCACGACCUUUGACUCUAUCCGAGCGGUCAAGCAGAAAGGUCAAAUGUGUGUGCUAGAUGUCAACCCUCAGACAUUGAAGCUGCUGAGGAACAGUGAAUUCUUGCCUUAUGUGGUGUUUGUAUCAUCCCCUGAUCUAGAGACACUCAGGAUAUUACAUGAAGCAGCAGCAUCAUCAGAAAAACAAGUCGAUGAUGCUGACUUGCAGAAGACGGUCGAGGAGAGCGCUCGUAUCGAGAGACAGUACAGUCAUCUCUUUGACUUCACCAUAGUGAACAGUAAUCUCAAUGAAUCAUGUCAGCAGCUGUGUGGCGCCCUCACUGCUCUGGCUCAUCAACGGCAAUGGGUACCUAUCGAUUGGGUCUAUGAUGCUCCCUGACACCCACCCAAACAAUGUAUGGACAGUGGUGGAGAUGGUGCACAUAAUAAUUCCUCAAUGCACUCACUGGUAGAUGAGGAGGAAUAGACACAGACUGAGCUACGCAGAGAUGGUGGAGAUGGUGCACAUAAUAUUCCCUCAAUGCACUCACUGGUAGAUGAGGAGGGAUGAUCACACACUGGACUACGCAACAUGCUGAUAGGCACACACAGCAAAGACGAUAGACACCAGAGACGUCAAUGAAGAAUCUAGUGAAGAUGGUGCACACAAUGUUUCUUCAAUGCACUCACCUAAAGGACAAUGGAUUGGGAUAAAACUACAUACUAUAGUUCAAGGCCACAUGAUUUACAGCAAAGAGCACAGGGAAGCAGAGAAUGUGGUGAUGGAGAUAGUGCACACAUUACUUGCACAUUUAGUGAUCCAAAGAUUGGGAGAGGUUUGUAGUGAGCUGAGAUUGCAAGGAUUGCUCUUUACUAAGAGCCCCAAAUAACCAGAAUAUGAAAAUAAUUAUGAUUUCUGCAACAUUCUGUGAAUUGUUCAGUUUGAUAAUUGUGUCUCUGAUGGUUUAAUCUUCCCUGGAUUACAUGGGGAUAAAUAGGCCUAGGUUCAUAUAUACUCUAGAAUUAAGUGAUAGACCGAACUACCCAAAACCCAAAUACAUAAAACCAACCAAAACCCAUCAUUUUUCCUAACCGACCUUUUGCUAGCAUCUUCCCAUAUAUAAGCUAUGUGAAAUAUUGCUAGUGUUUUUAUCCCAUUAUUGUUUUGAGAAUGUAAUAUACAGUGUAAACACUAAUCAUGCACCUUGAUAAAACAAAUAUGUACAAUAGACUUGAAAAGUGUUCAAAAGUUUCAAACUAACAUUUGUAUCAACAUGACAAGAUAUCAAACUUUGUUAGAUUCCCAAAAGGAAUGUACAAAAUUAAAAACUCUUUUCCUCUCUUCUAAAGAGGUAAUCCAUAUGUUUUGACCAAUGUAUCAUUUCAUUCUCGAGUUAAUGAAUAGUGCUGAAAUAUUGAACUCUGUGUAUAUUUUCUUUACUAAUGUAUCGUCCACUCAUGGUAGAAGUGCAUAUUUUAGUCUACCAGUGAUCAAAGUAUUGGUAUUGAUAGAUCUGGGUUCAGGAAGAAAUUAUUACCUUUGGUAAGAUGAAUUUGAACAAUUAUUUGAAAUGAAAUGAUAUACAGAGUAGUAGUAAGGAAUGAAAAGAUAAGAUUCUUUCAUCCAAUUCCCAUGUAGUUAAGGAGCUAAAUUCCUUUCUAAGUGAGAUUUUAAUAAACCUGCAAAUAGACUUUUGUGACAAUCUGUAUUUCCUCAGGGUUUCGUUAGAGUUUGUAUUCAAUGUUAAUAUAUGCAAGGUACAUUUUUCUUUGAUGUUGUAUUAAUAUAAUAUUUUUUGUUACUGUGAAAUAGUGUUAGACCUGUUUGUUGAGCUCAUGUUGUGUAUAUUUUGGAGAUGCAUUUAGCUUGUCAUGACACCUUCUAGUGCAAUAGAACUUUAAAAUAGAAAAAAUAGAAUAAAUAUGAAUUUCUGCCCUGCUUUUAGCACCGAGUGUUAAAGUGGUUUAGAAUUAUGUAACCACAAGCUUUGACAUGUCACCAUGUUUAUUAUUUUAAAUUAUUAUUUUAUUUUCAUCCUACAUGUUAUCCUGCAUGUG